AUGGCAGAUGCAGACACGACCCGACUUUGCGACCAAAUAAUAUUGUCGCAUUUUGGCCCGUUAACUGCUGCUGUGGCAUCUGUGCUGUUGAUCCGAGGGCGUCUUCCCUUGGCGCAACUCGUUCGGUUUUCUGGAUUGAAACCGCGGAUAGUUCGUGCUGCCAUCCUAGUAUUGGUACAACACAAUGUCUUGUGGCAUGCUCAAACAGACGACGAUGGGGAGGUGUUCGAAGUCAACAUUACCGAAUGCCUUAUGAGGCUGCGGUUCGGGCGUUAUGUUUGGCAAGCUGAGCAGCUGUAUGGGAAGGCGGGUGCAGAAAUUGUCCAACUGAUACUAGACCACGGCAAGCUUCGGUCACCAGAGAUUGUUUCUCGACUUUCAAUCUAUGACCCGAUAAAAGGGCCCGCUCUGUACUCGCAGACGUUGCACAAGCUUGUCGAUGCUCGUUACCUCAGACCUUCCACUAUCCUGUCGCAUGUCUCUCCUCGUGACAAGCGUAUGAAGUAUGAAGCUGAGGAGAAGGCAAAAAUUUCUGGAUUCCCUACGGCUAAGGAGCUUCGUGAAGCCAAGGAGACUGCUGAAGCACGACUUAGACGGGAGGAGGACGAGGCUGAACAAACUGGCAUGAAGCGGAAGGCAAAAGAUCAAUCAGGUCGGUCAUUGAAGCGCAAGGCCAAUGACGAGGAUACAGUCAAUGACGCGGUCUUUUUCCGUGUCAACUGUGACAAGUUCAAUGUUCAUAUCCGGAACAAGCUCAUGGAAACCGCCGCCGCAGAACGAUUUAACGACUCCGCAGGCCUUGUCGUUCGCGCUACGUUGAAAGCGACAGAGGCGAAGCAGUUCAGCCUCGCGGAUUCACGUUCAGAUCCUACAUCGUUUGCCAAUAUCGCAAUGCAGUUGAUGGAUGACGAUGAUCUCUCAAAAGGCCUUGUCCUUCACGGACCCAAGAAGCCCACCAGUGUCUCCCUCAUCAAGGAAUACUUAGGUAUCUUGGCAUCCGCCGACAAUCCGACUCCUGCUGGUAGAGCAGCAUCUUUCGUCUCAAUGAACAACUCGAAAGUCCAAGUUGAAUUUGAGCUCGUGGGACGACGAUUACGGCGACGCGUUUUAGAGGCAAUCACAAGGGAGCGAUAUGGUGAUGACGGUGUGCGAAUAGUGCGUCUCCUGUUGGAUACAGGGAAAAUGGAUGAAAAACAGAUAUCUAAAAUUGGCAUGAUGUCCAACAAGGACGUCCGACCGCUCCUCUCUGCAUUGUCGGCAGAUUCGUUGAUCAGUCUGCAAGAAGUCCCAAAAAGCGCUGAUCGAAAUCCAACGCGAACAUUCUACCUUUGGUAUGUUGAUCUUCAGAAGGCAUACUCUGUCCUCCUGAACAACCUGUACAAGACUCUUUACAACAUUGGCAUGCGUAGGCAGGCAGAAAAAGAGGAACCAAGUGUUAAGGCCGUAUUGGAUAAGAGGCAGAGAAGUGAUGUCAGUCAAGAUGAAGAGCGAUUAUUGACUAGGAACGAGCGGGAGGUCCUGGCGCAAUGGGAGAAGAAGCGAGAAAAAUUAACGACGCUAGAAAUGCGAGUGGAGGAAGCAGUCUUUGUUCUCCGUGACCUGGGGACGUUCGGUUGGAAUGAUGAGUUGGCGGUUCGAUCCGAAGGCCAUUCCGCGAUCUUGGUCUCGGCGCGUGAUAUUACGUCACGAAUGGACGCAAAAUAA